GUGUUCAAUGGCCGCGGUGUGUGUGUGUGUGGUGAGUGGUGAGGCAAGCGACGCGCCACAAGUAAACAAGUGCAGCCUCCAGUCAGCUGACAAGGGCUCGGCGUGACCUGCAACAACCACAAAAUCCUCGUGAGUGAGCCAGUGAGUAGCAGGAUGUCUGGGGAGGGAGAGCAGAAAGCAGCUGGCAGUGGUGGUGGUGGUGGUGGUGUGGAGGAAGUCCCUGACCCUGAGCUGGACAGUCUGCUGGACGAUGCCUUGCAAGACUUUGUUCAACCUAAGGCCCCAAACCCCAGCCAGGGCCCCACAGUCCCUGCCUCGGCUCCCCUUGGCACUGACCUUGCCUCCCUGGUGACAGCAGCGGGCAUCACUGCAGCAGUGGGUGGUCCAGGUGGUCAGGAAGUACAAGGCAAGCAAGGAGAAAUGUGGACAGAGGAGUUUGUGCAGCAGGCCACAGCACAGUUUGAGCAGACCAUGCGGUUACUCAUGCAGCAGCAGCAGCAGCAACAGGAAGGGAAAGAGAGCCCAGCGGUGGCAGCAACAGCCGCCACCACCCAAGCCUCCAGCACUCCAGCACAGCCUUCAGCUGGGGCACCUGAAGUUGACCUCUCCUCCAUGGCUGCCCAGUUUGCCCAGUUUGCUCAGAUGGCUACCAAGUCAGCAGAAGAGGCAAAGUCUGAUUCAGACUUUACCCAAUGCCUGGCGGACACCCUCAAGCAGAUCGGAGACAACAAUGAGCAGCUUCAGAAUCCUCCAAGUGCAGAUGACCUGACCAAGAUGUUUGAGAAUAUGGGGCUGGGUGGGGGCGAUGCAGCUGGGGGUGAAGGAGGACUGGGCGCAUUGUUCCCACUGAUGCAGGCAAUGCUGGAGAAUGUGCUGUCCAAGGAGGUGCUGUACUCUCCCAUGAAGGACAUCACAGACAAGUACCCUGACUGGCUAGCAGACAACCGCGCCAGCCUGCCGGAGGAGGACUUCACGCGCUACAGCAAGCAGUAUGACAUCAUGAAGCAGGUGGUUGACUUGUAUGAGCAGGAGACUGAGGGAGACUCGGAGGAGGUGCGAGGACAGCGGUUUGAGAAGAUCAUGUUGUCAAUGCAGAAGCUGCAGGAGCUGGGUCAGCCUCCCAAGGACCUGGUGGGUGACAUGGGGCCAGUCAUGUCUUUUGAUCCGUCCGGCAAUCCCGUCUUGCCUGACCUGUCCUCGGUGCUGGGGGCUGCUGGGGUGGUGCCUGGGGCAGGUGGGGAAGGCAGUGCUCCGCCUGGUCAAGGACAGCAGGGGGAAGAGUGCAGCAUCAUGUGAUCCCCACCACCACUGCCACCCCUCCUGACCCCACCCCCCAUCACCACAGCCAGGCCUGCACCAGUGCUUUCCAGAACUGGUUGGUUCAAGGUGUAGUUGAUUCUGUUUGGAUAAAGAGUGAGUUACUUUUUCCGUAAGAGAUAAAUUUAUCUUCCAAUAAACCUGCCUUGAGAUUAUAUAUAUUCAUUGGACGUGUUAAAUUUUUAGGAAAUUGUAGAGAUCCUAUACAUUGUGCCAAUGAACUAGUAUUAAGAACAUAUUUAUUAAACAUGAAUUGGUAGAUUAUUAAUAUAAUUGGGUAUAUUUGAAAAAAAAUAAUUGUAAAACAAAUAUUAAAGAUGCUUUAAUAUUCUAAUAGCCAAGAAAUAUUUAGUAGGACUGUUUACUGAAGAGUUGAGCAGUCAGUGGUGAAGUCUGAUUAGACGUAACAAAAGCAAACUUAUGGUGAAGUGCUCAGAGGCAAACUGUGACCAGGGUGUCCUCUCACAGGGAGGGAGGGACAUGCUGCCGUUUCUUUUGAGGAAACCCAUUCAUAUAAUUGUGUUCCUGAAAAUAAUACUAUAUAGAGUAAACAAGCUGGUUCAUGUGGCAAUCAAGGCAUUGUAGCUUGCUCAUAUUUCCACACAAGUUGACAUUGAAAUUUUACCGUUUGCAAAGUUGUUGACACACGCCCAUUUUGUAUAUAAUAUUACCUACUGUUUAUCUGCAAGAUUUGUAGACCAUUUGUACACAAUCCCAGCCAUGUUUUUACAGAGCUCAGAGUGAUGUUUUUCACUUUUUAAGUGUAUAGCUUUUAUCUUUGCAGCAUUUAUUGUGGAGUCUUUGUCUCAGACUGCUUGAGGUGAAUGUUAUAAUCAUCAUGCAGCAGCAUUGUGCAGCUGUCACAAGUAGGUCAGACAAACACAAGCUCUUCAGUUCUCUGGGCAGGUCUGGGCACUGGCAUCACACUCAGGUGCUUCAAUCACAGUGUUUUAAGUUGGUCAGACAUGAUUCAUAUCAUCUUUGCUUAAGCAAAGAUCCCCCCAUCUCUCUCUCUCUCUCUCUCUCUCUCUCUCUCUCUCUCUCAAUAAUUCUUGAUUUUUCCAUGUUCAUGUUAAAGGGAGUGCAGUUUAACAACAUACUAGAAUAAACACUUUGUUGAGGCACAUUUAACUAGGAGGCACCACAGCCUGUGAAGGAGGUAGUGGCCAGUGAUGCAUUACCACUCUGCAAGGGAAAACCUUGUGGUGGAUUGUUAACUAUUACACACCAUGCACUUUCUCUUGGCCAUACGUGAAACGUGGGAACUAAUGAGAAUGUCAUGUUAAAGAUGGUUGUUUUUAUUUUUUUUCAAUGUAAGAGAAAAAAAAAAUGGAAGUGAUCUUGUAGCAGCUUAAUGCACAUCACAGCAAUGGAUAUCUUUUGUGACACUGGCCUGAGAGCAAUCCAUGCUGCCAAAGAAAUGCCAGACACUGACAAGAAUGCACUUCAACUUUCCAAAUCUUUUACAUGUACUACUUAAUGUUUUAUUCACAAAAAUACUUUAAUAGUGAUAAGCAGUCUCAUGUGUUCUAGUCUUGGGCAAAUUGAGUGUGAAAAGUAAGAUUACAAUUAGGUCAUUCUUUACAGGUACAGCUCCCCAGUGGAAUUGCUUGGUAAAAUUAGUUCAUCGUAUGUUCAGUUCAGCAAGGUGAAGCACUCAAUAGUUGGAAUCCUGUUGUGUUCCUGUGAUGGCAUUGUUCUGAAGGGUUGGUGCAAAGACACAGGUUUCUUUCCUAAAUGCUCCUGAUAGGCUCAACUCAGGAGCUUAAGACUCUGUACAUAGUGUGAAAUAAACUUGGAAGCUUU